UAGUUUGCACUUAGUUAGACUUGUUGUAUUUCCCGAUGGACAAUACACGAUGGGAAUGAUCUGUGAGAGACUGAUGGAGAGUCUGUCUUACAUCACAUGAUCAUAAAAUCUAGCGCGUAAAAGCGCAGCGCUCUGCCAUUUACCUCCAACUGUCCGUUUCUAUAGAGCAGAGAGGAAGACCCUAGACCUGCCAGGCUAUUAUGGAUUUCAAAGACACGAUGGACAAUGCAACAAUGCAAUCUUCAUGCAACCUGGCCAGUCCGGUUUAUAAUCAGUCCAACUGCACCGUGUCUCCACCUUGGAUGUUCCACCCAGAUCUCUACAUCUGGCUACCCGUGAUUUACUCAAUCAUCUGCGCCGUGGGACUCACGGGCAACAGCGCCGUCAUUUACGUGAUCCUGAAGGCGCCUAAGAUGAAAACAGUCACCAAUUUAUUCAUUCUGAAUUUGGCCAUCGCCGACGACCUUUUCACACUAGUGCUGCCCAUCAACAUCGCCGAGCACCUGUUAAACUACUGGCCGUUUGGGGAGAUUUUAUGCAAAGUGAUUUUGUCCAUAGACCACUACAACAUCUUCUCCAGCAUCUUCUUCUUGACCGUGAUGAGUGUGGACCGGUAUCUGGUCGUGGUGUCCACUCUAGGAUCCAAACGGAUGCCCUACCGGACCUACCGGUUGGCCAAGACGGUCAGUCUGAGUGUUUGGGCUCUGGUCAUUCUCGUAGUGAUGCCCUUCACCGUUUUCGCCAGUGUUUACGUGAGUCCCGAUGACGCGGAGAGCCGAAAGAGCUGCGUUUUGAGUUUCCCGAGUCCGGAGAGUUUCUGGUUCAAAGCCAGCCGGAUUUACACGCUGGUCCUCGGGUUUGUCAUCCCCGUCUCCACCAUCUGCAUCCUCUACACCGUGAUGCUCUUCAGACUGAGACGGACGCGCCUCAGCUCAAACGGAAAGGCUCUGGACAAAGCCAAAAAGCGAGUCACUGUGAUGGUCUUCAUCGUGCUCGCCGUUUGCUUGUUCUGCUGGACUCCUUUUCAUCUGAGCACGGUGGUCGCCCUCACUUCAGACUUGCCCACCACCCCGCUGGUUAUAGGUAUCUCUUAUUUUAUCACGGGACUGAGUUACGCCAACUCGUGUCUCAAUCCGUUUCUUUACGCGUUCUUAGACGACAGUUUCAGGAGGGCGUUUAAAAAACUGUUGGAGUGCUGAAACCUUUUAAACUCUAUCAAAGUCGAUUGAUAGACGUGUUGUUUGUACCUUAGUCAAAACGCACUUUAAAAGUCACUUUAAAACAAUUACUUUUUUUAUUAGCUUAGACUUUGGGAGGACUUUGAUUUUAGCACACUUAAUUUUUCUGUUUGAGUGUUUGUUUAUUUUUUUGUUUAGUAUAUAAUCAAGACAUGUAUAAACUUGUUUAAAUAGUAAAUAUUUAUGUACACGAAUAGUUAUGCGUAAAUAUAUUAUAUCAACCUAUAUAUGUCCUGUACUAAUGUUUUAAAAAUGUUUAGACCUGCUACAGUUUUAAAACGGUCGCAUAAAAUGCUGAUGCCUGUCCUUGUGUUUAAUGUUGGUGAUAAAUAAAUGUGUAUAAAAAGACAUUUUUAUAAGUUACUAAAAAAAUUUUAAUGAAAUGGAAAUAAUUAGAAAUGGCAUGCUCCUUCCCUUUUGGUUCUGUUUUUACAAGCGAACAAGUUAAACGUUUUUUGUUCAGUAAUAUCAAACUAUCACCAGAAGAGGGCAGAAUAAUAUCAUGUUGUAAUAGAAUUAACUCUAAUCAGAUGUUAACCCAUUCAGUUAAUUAUGAAGAUACUUCAAGACAUGCAUGUAC